CCAUCACUUUCGUGUGAGGGGGAAAGGUCUCAAAUGCAUUGAAGUUUCAGAGGCGGUUUUCGUCGCCGGGAAAACGUCGUUACUGGCCUUGAUUUCACAUUUUCCGGCGAUUUACGUCUCUUAUGGUGAAUUUCCCGGUGACGUCCCACUGACCCAUGAGACCAGAGCUGGAUCAACCCCACCAAAUUCAUUGACUCUCUGAUCUUGGUUUCGAAGGAAAUCUCCGAAAUCCAACACUUUUGACUGGUUUCUGGCUAGGUUUGCAGAGAAACUUGGGAUUUAAAGUGGGUGGACUGCUGUUCAGGAUUUCAUUCAUUGAAUUUCUGAGAUUUUCGUGGUUUUCAGAUUUUGCCCAUAUUCUUACGCUAAAUUCCCUUCACUCCACUAACCCACAUUUCCGGGUGAAAUUAAGGGCCACACCAAGCCGGAAAACACAUUUUCUAGACAUCGAUGGAGAAACCGGCAGUCCAGCCAUGUGCUUCAGGUACCACGUUCAUCCAAGUUGACAUAAACAGUUUCAGAGAGCUCGUCCAACAGCUGACUGGAAUUUCCAAUGAGCCACGUCAGAUUCCGGCAACCCCAGGAAUCAGCAAACCUGCAUUCAAGUUGCAGGAUAGGAGGCCAUACCAUGGCAAGAUGAAGGUCGAGAUCACAAAGCCGGGUAAUAGACUAGCUUUGCCCAGAGCCGGUUUUCCUUCGGGGCAAGCCCUUUUUUCAUCCCAAAAAAAGGGUUUUGGCUCGAGCCAGGUGAUUCCAUCAUCGGUUAUUUCCGGUUAUCAGGGCGGUACGACGGUUACAUCACCGUCAUUUCCAAGUGUCCCCCCUUGCCCCUUAAUCUCCUCAUCUCCUACAUCCGGUUCUCCGUCUCCUUUUUAUUCUACAAGUUUCACCACUUCAUCUAUUUCCAAUAAUAAUAAUAAUAAUAAUGGAAAUUUGAAAAAUAAGGAAAAUGAGGAUUCUAUUUCUAUGAAAAUGGAGAUGGUGAUUAGAGAAGGAAAUAAGGAGAGGGGAACUAAUGGAGAAGAAUUGAGUGUGGAAAAUUGUGAAAAUAAAAAAGGAGAAUUAUCAAUGAGUGAAAAUGCAAUAUCAGAAAAAGGGUUUUAUUUACAUUCAUCUCCCCUGUCUAGAGAUCCUGAGCUUCUCACACUAUUUCCCUUGACCUCUCCAAAAGGGCAGGGCUCGUAAAUGAAGAGACUUUCUAGGGCAAGAUAUAAAGGAAUUGUCAUGGGGAUUGUGUAAUUUUUUUUUUGGCUAUUUUAUUGAAAUAAGGGAAUGUGAGGAGAGGAAAUAUGUUGGAAUUGUAUCGUAUUCUUUUUCUAACAAAUAUUCUCCUUAUUCUUUA